AUGAGGAUGAGGAUUCUUUGGGGAGUGUUGCCACUGUUUGUUUUCAUUUGGGUGUUGCAGAAUAAACAUGGGAACUGUGAAAAACCUGAUGUUGUGAAUGUUGGUGCAGUUUUUGCUUUUGAUUCAGUCAUGGGUAGGGCAGUUAAGAAAGCUAUGGAGUUAGCAGUUUCUGAUAUCAAUGGGGAUCCUAGCAUACUGAAUGGGACUAGUCUUAAUUUGAUUAUGGAGGAUUCUGAAUGCAGUGUGUUUAAGGGGUCUAUUGGAGCUUUACAGGUAACUGAGAAGCAAGUGGUAGCAAUAAUUGGUCCACAGUCUUCUGCAAUAGCUCAUAUGAUUUCUUUCAUUUCAAAUGGUCUUCAUGUUCCUCUUAUCUCGUAUGCUGCCACUGAUCCAACACUGUCUUCCCUCCAGUUUCCAUUUUUCCUUCGAACAACACAGAGUGAUCAAUCCCAAAUGGAAGCAGUUGCUGACAUUGUCUACUUUUAUGAAUGGAAAGAAGUCAUUGCUAUAUUUCUGGAUGACGACUAUGGGAGAAAUGGCAUAGCUGCUUUAAAUGAUGCACUUACUAAUAAAAUGUUAAAGAUCUCAUAUAAGCUUCCGUUACCUAUCAAUUAUGACAUCACUGACAUUAUGUAUGUGCUAAAUCAAUCGAAAUCAUUAGGACCUCGUGUUUUUGUUGUGCAUAUCAAUCCUGACUCCCAGUUAAGAUUCUUCAACGCGGUCCAUAAGCUGAAAAUGAAUGGGAGCAAUUAUGUGUGGCUUAUGACUGAUUGGUUUUCUACUACUUUAGAUUCUUUUUACCCGAAAAACAGAUCUGUUCUAAGCACUCUUGAAGGUGUAGUCAGUCUUCGUCCCUAUAUUCCACAAAGUGCCCAGAAAAGAGCUUUUUUGGCUCGCUGGAGAAAGUUGCUGCAGAAUGAGCUGGUUCACUCAGGAUUGACUGCAUAUGGUCUUUAUGCUUAUGAUACCGUGUGGGUAGUAGCACGUUCAAUUGAUAACCUACUUCAACAGGGAGGGAACAUAAGCUUUUCUCUCAGCAAUAUGUUAAAUGGUACAACAAGUGAUAAAUUACAGCUUGGGAAACUUAAAGAAUUUGAUGGUGGAGGACUUCUAAUGAAUAUCUUAUCACUAACAAACUUCACUGGCUUGACAGGAAAGAUUCAUUUCAGUCAAGAUAGAAAUCUUAUUGGUAGUGGUUAUGAAGUCAUUAACAUUGUCAAACAGGAGAUUCACACAGUUGGCUACUGGUCAAAUUUUUCUGGUCUCUCGGUUUUACCUCCAAAACCACUACAAAACAAAGAAACAGCUGUUACCAAGUUAAAUCAGAAUCUCAAGAGUGUAAGUUGGCCUGGUGGGAAGAGCGAAACACCACGUGGUUGGGUUAUUGGUAAUGAUGAAAGACCUUUGAGAAUUGGAUUUCCAAGAAGAGCUAGUUUUACUGAGUUUGUGACACUGAAUGCCAGCCACAAUGUACAAGGUUAUUGCAUAGAUCUCUUUUAUGAAGCACGAAAGCUUGUACCUUAUGAUAUUCCUUUCACAUUUCUGCCAUUUGGUUCUGGUCUUGCCAAUCCAGAUUAUGAUGCAUUUGUGAAUAUGGUCGCAACUGAUGUCUUUGAUGCAGCCGUUGGAGACAUUGCUAUUGUCACAAAUAGGACAAGGAUGGUUGAUUUCACUCAGCCUUAUGUGUCUACAGGCCUUGUCAUAGUAGCCCCCAUUGAUACUUCAGAAUCAAGUGCUUGGGUUUUCCUUAAACCUUUUACACUGGAAAUGUGGGGUGUUACAGCUCUUUCAUUUCUUAUAAUAGCAGUGGUCAUUUGGAUACUUGAGCAUCGCGUCAAUGAGGACUUUCGUGGUCCUCCAAAGAGACAGAUAACAACAAUGUUCCUGUUCAGCUUCUCAACACUAUUCAAAACAAACCAAGAGAAUACCGUAAGCACUCUUGGUCGAAUGGUAAUGGUGGUUUGGCUAUUCUUACUCCUGGUGAUCACAUCAAGCUAUACAGCAAGUUUGACAUCCAUCCUUACAGUGCAGCAACUUUCAUCACCGAUCACAGGAAUUGAUAGUUUGAUUGCAAGCAACUCAUUGAUUGGAUAUCAAGUUGGGUCAUUUGCCUAUAGCUAUUUGAAAGACAUUCUUAACAUAGCUCCAUCAAGAUUAAAAUCUCUACGAUCUCCAGAAGAAUUUGAAGCUGCACUGCGGCAAGGCUCAGGAAAUGGAGGAGUGAUGGCAAUUGUUGAUGAACUUCCAUACAUGGAGUUGUUCCUUCAAAACCGUACUGAUUUUGGGAUCAUUGGUCGACCAUUUACUAAGAGCGGAUGGGGUUUUGCUUUCAAAAAGGAUUCUCCUCUGGCUAAUGAUAUGUCAACAGCAAUCCUGAAACUGGCGGAGAGUGGGAAACUUCAAGAGAUACACGAAAAGUGGUUUUGCCAAUUAGGUUGUCCAACAGAUAGGAGAAAAGACUCGGUGCCUGACCAGCUCCAGUUGAGCAGCUUUUGGGCACUCUAUCUUUUAUCUGGUGCUGUCACUGUCCUUGCUCUGUUAAUCUUUUUACUCAAAAGUAUUCGCCAAUAUAUAAGAUACAAAAGGAAUCAUACGGACCUUUCUUCUCCCUCGAACACCAGAUGUUCACAUGUGAUCUACAGUUUCUUUGACUUCAUUGAUGAGAAGGAAGAAGCUAUCAAAAGAAUUUUUGCUCAACAAGAUAAUGCUCAACCUCAAACAAAUGGAUCCUAAUCUUUGCUCAAUUCAAUUACAGUAUACAUGUUACUGAGAUUUAGGGAUACUUACUAGAUAGAGAUGCUUAUAUAUUACUCACCAACUGUAUAUUUCUUGUACAAAUGGCUAUACCAAAUGCAGGAUUUAAUGUAAAAAGACUCUCAAUUCCCCCAGAGUUCCUUGCUCUCUGUUUCAAUUUAUGUAGAAUAGUUCGAUGGAAUAUAAAUAUUUUUC